AUGUAUGAUAUUCGGAGACUCUUCUUCUACGUCGCCCUCCUCGGAGUUGGCCUGCUGCUCUUCUCCCAGACGGCGGAGGCGACCAAGGGCCCCAAGAUCACCAACAAGGUCUACUUCGACAUCGAGCAUGGUGAUGAACCCCUGGGCCGCAUUGUCAUCGGUCUCUAUGGCAAGACUGUCCCAAAGACCGCCGAGAACUUCCGCGCCCUCGCUACUGGCGAGAAGGGCUUCGGAUAUGAAGGAUCGACCUUCCACCGUGUCAUCAAGCAAUUCAUGAUCCAAGGUGGUGACUUCACCAAGGGCGACGGCACCGGUGGCAAGUCCAUCUACGGUGAAAAGUUCCCCGACGAGAACUUCAAGCUCAAGCACACCAGGAAGGGCCUCAUGUCGAUGGCCAACGCCGGUCCCGACACCAACGGCUCGCAAUUCUUUAUCACCACCGUUCCCACCUCGUGGCUUGACGGCCGUCACGUCGUCUUCGGCGAGGUGCUCGAGGGUUACGAAAUCGUUGAAAAGAUCGAGAACGCCGAGACGCAGCCUGGCGAUCGUCCUGUCAAGACUAUCAAGAUCGCCAAGAGCGGCGAGCUAGAGGUCCCUCCUGAAGGUAUCCAUGUGGAACUCUAA